UCGGUACACUCGCGAGUCAGUUAGAUGGCGGACUUGUCUAGUUCCCCGGCGCCUCCUAAGACGCGCAGAGACGACACGCUGGAGCUGGACGCGGAUCUGGAGAGGAUGACGGAGGACGUGGAGAACAUGUCAGUGCAGCUGAGCUGGAUGACGUACGACAUGGUGGAGCUGCGGACCCGGCCAGAGCUGGCGUUGCGCAUGCGCGAGCUGGAGGAGGCGUACCGCCGGUGCAGAGAUGCGGUCUACGGAGAGGCCUGCCAGGUGACCCCCCAGCAGCCCGGCCAGGAGCCCUGCUUGGAGCUCCCCCAGGAGCCGGACUCGGACCCCUGUCCCGGGACUGCUGCAAAACAACACACCUAA